AUGAAGAGGCAGAACGUGCGUACCGCGUCGCUCAUCCUCUGCACCUUCUCUUAUCUGCUGGUGGGUGCCGCGGUGUUCGACGCGCUUGAGUCGGAGACGGAGAGCGCCCGGAAGCGGCUCUUGGAGCAGAAGCGCAGCGAGUUUCGUAGGAAAUACCGUUUCUCGCCCGAGGACUACCGCGAGCUGGAGCGCCUGGUGCUGCAGGCGGAGCCGCACCGUGCCGGCCGCCAGUGGAAGUUCGCGGGCUCCUUCUACUUCGCCAUCACGGUCAUUACCACCAUCGGGUACGGCCACGCGGCACCAGGCACGGACGCGGGUAAGAUUUUCUGCAUGUUCUAUGCCAUCCUGGGCAUUCCCCUGACACUGGUCACGUUCCAGAGCCUGGGAGAGCGCAUGAAUGUGCUGGUCCGACGGCUGCUGCAGCGUCUGAAGCGCUGCGCGGGACUGCGAAAGACUCAGGUGUCCACAGAGAACAUGGUGGUCGUGGGGCUGCUGUCGUGUGUGGGCACACUGGCCAUGGGGGCCGCGGCCUUCUCCCACUUCGAAGGCUGGACCUUCUUCCACGCCUACUACUACUGCUUUAUCACGCUCACUACCAUCGGCUUCGGCGAUUUCGUGGCUCUGCAGCGGGACGAGGCGCUGCACAAGCGGCCACCCUACGUAGCCUUCAGCUUCCUCUACAUCCUCUUAGGCCUGACGGUCAUCGGCGCCUUCCUCAACCUCGUGGUGCUGCGCUUCCUCACCCUCAAUGCCGAGGACGAGCGACGAGACGCCGAGGGGCGGGCCUCUCUGCGCCGGGUCCGGCCAGGGGACCCCUUGAGACCAUCGCAGGAGGGCUGCAGAGCCCUGCCUUCCUCGAAUCCCACCCUGUACCCUUGCCUCAGGGCUCGGGGCUGCAGUCGGCUGAAGCUGAUCCAGCCUCCCAUUGAGGCGGUUUCUCCACCCAGUCUGCCUGCGCCCCAGAGCCCUCCUGAGACUCCUCCGCCGAGCUGUCAUUCCAACCCCGUCUUUUGCAGCUCCAUUUCCUAUAGGAUCGACCAGUUGGCCCUGGGUGCCAAGGAUAACCUCGGCUUCUCGCCUCCUGGGAGCACCACGUCCUCGGGCAGUGCUGUGGGCCCGCUUCCGACCCGUCGGAAGUCAGUCUGA